UAAUUAAAGUAGCAUUACACAUGAAUAUGGCUGGAGCACGUCUUAACUUUGCAUUUUACUUUGUUGUUGUCCUAGCUGCAACUACUGUUACUAUGUCUCGUUCACCAAAGCUGCAAGCAAUGGGUGCGCGCGACAUGUCAGUUGAUAUUGUGGCCAUUGAACAAAAAUUAAUUCCGGUUGGUGAUAUUGUAACUUGCUUGAAAAGAUGCUACGUGCAGAGUGAUUGCAAUGAUGGAUGGCUUUGUUCAGAUUGCGCGAACGAUGCAUUUGAUCAAGGUGGAAAGCAUUGCGACAAGUUUACUGCUUCUGGACAAGGAUAUUUCGCCAUGCUCAGUCGUAGUCAAGUUAAUUAAGGAAGUCAUGAGUUUGCAGUUUGAAUCAAGAAAUAAGUUCGUUGCUUUAUUAUGUUAUGUGUUAGUCUCUCGUUACCUUUGUUCUUCUUUGUGUAAUAAAUAAUACUAGGAGAACUUUUAUGGUUGCUUUACAAUAAGUUAGUUAAUGUGAGCAAUUUGGCUUGUGAUUG